AGCCUACUUGGUUUUUUUCUCAAUAACUUGUUUGUUUUCCUUCAUAAGAAGAUCAAUUCUGAUUGAAAACCAGAAAUGGAUUCGGGACUAAAUCAGCUUCAUUUUGUUUUGUUACCUUUAAUGUCCCCAGGCCAUCUCAUACCAAUGACAGACAUGGCUAAACUGUUAGCCCAACACGGCGUGAUUGCCACCAUCGUCACAACACCUCUCAAUGCCAUCAAAUUCAGUUCCAUGAUCCAAAGAGCAGUUGAAUCUGGUCUUAAAAUCCAAUUUCUAACUCUCAACUUCCCAUAUCUUGAGGCUGGCUUGCCAGAGGGAUGCGAGAACAUGGCCAAACUCCCCGAGCGUAGCCUGAUCAAGAACUUCUUCGCGGCAACUAACAUGCUGCAACAACCAUUUGAAAACUUGCUGCAAACUUUGCAGCCACCAGUGAGUUGCAUUGUGUCUGGUAAGAAUCUCGGAUGGACAGUUGAAACUUGUAGAAAGUUCAAGAUUCCAAGGAUAUUUUUUGAUGGAAUCGGUUGCUUUGCCUUCUCAUGUACAAGCAGGUUGGAAACUUCAAAGGUACAUGAGGGAGUUCCCAAUUCAGAUUCCUUUAUGGUUCCUGGCUUACCUCACAAAGUGGAAUUGACCAAAGCCAAGCUACCCGAGAAUCUCAAUCCGGGCUCAGCAGACUUAACCGAAGCUCGCAAUAAAAUGAGAGCAGCUGAAGCUAUAGCAGAUGGCAUUGUGGUGAAUACUUUUGAAGAGUUGGAAGCAGAAUAUGUCAAAGAGUAUAAGAGAGUGAAGGGAAACAAUGUUUGGUGUAUUGGUCCGGUUUCGGGUUGUCAUAAAUAUGAGUUAGACAAGGUUGAGAGAGGUGAAAUGGCUUCUAUAGAUGUCAACAAGUGCUUGAAAUGGCUGGACUCUUGGGAACCUGGCUCUGUCAUAUAUGCCUGCCUUGGAAGCAUUUGUGGGCUUAAGCCAUGGCAGCUAAAAGAGCUUGGUUUAGGCUUGGAAGCAUCAAAUAGGCCAUUCAUUUGGGUGAUAAGAGGAGGUGAGAAAUCAGAAGGAUUAGAGAAAUGGAUUUCUGAAGAAGGAUUUGAGGAGAGGACAAUGGGGAGAGGACUUGUGAUCCGUGGUUGGGCACCACAGUUACUGAUCUUGUCUCAUCCCGCGAUUGGAGGGUUCUUGACACAUUGUGGUUGGAACUCGACCCUGGAAGGCGCUGGAGCUGGCGUGCCACUGGUGACAUGUCCGUUGUUUGCAGAGCAAUUCUUUAAUGAGAAGUUGGUUGUGGAGGUGAUGGCGAUCGGUGUAAGUGUGGGAGUUGAGGCUGCUGUGACAUGGGGUUUGGAGGAAGAGGCCGGUUUGGUAAUGAAGAGUGAGGAUGUGAAGAAAGCCAUAGACAAGGUAAUGGAUAAAGGAGAUGAAGCAGAGGCAAGAAGAAAGAAAGCGAGAGAGAUUGGGGAAAUGGCAAAAAGAGCAAUAGAAGAAGGUGGAUCUUCUUAUCUGAAUAUGGAAUUGUUAAUCCAAUAUGUAAAGCAACAAUAUUAA